ACAGAGUGGCAACCUUCAGCAGCAUCUAAGAACCCACACUGGAGAGAAACCUUUUGAGUGCUCAGAGUGUGGAAAGAGAUUCAGUCAGAGUGAGUGUGGAAAGAGAUUCAGUCACAGUCUUCAACUGCAUCAGAGAACCCACACAGGGGAGAAACCUUUUGAAUGCUCAGAGUGUGGAAAGAGAUUCAGUCAGAGUAGCAGUCUUCAACUGCAUCAGAGAACCCACACAGGGGAGAAACCUUUUGAAUGCUCAGAGUGUGGAAAGAGAUUCAGUCAGAGUAGUAGUCUUCAGCAGCAUAAGAGAACCCACACAGGGGAGAAACCUUUUGAAUGCCCAGAGUGUGGAAAGAGAUUCAGUUUGCACAGGAGUCUUCAACUGCAUCAGAGAACCCACACAGGGGAUAAACCAUUUGAAUGCCCAGAGUGUGGAAAGAGAUUCAGUUUUAGUAGCAGUCUUCAACUGCAUCAGAGAACCCACACAGGGGAGAAACCUUUUGAAUGCUCAGAGUGUGGAAAGAGAUUUAGUCAGAGUAGCAAUCUUCAGAAGCACCAGAGAACCCACACAGGGGAGAAACCUUUUGAAUGCUCAGAGUGUGGAAAGAGAUUCACUGGAUACAGCCAUCUUCAACUUCAUCGAAGAAUGCACACAGGGGAGAAGCGUUUUGAAUGCUCAGAGUGUGGAAAGACAUUCAGUCAGAGAGGACAUCUUCAACUGCAUCAGAGAACCCACACAGGGGAGAAACCUUUUGAAUGCUCAGAAUGUGGAAAGAGAUUCAGUGACAGUGCCCGUCUUCUACAGCAUCGGAGAACCCACACAGGGGAGAAACCUUUUGAAUGCUCAGAGUGUGGAAAGAAAUUCAGUCACAGUAGCCAUCUUCUAAACCAUAAAAGGACCCACACAGGGGAGAAACCUUUUGAAUGCUCAGAGUGCGGAAAGAGAUUCAGUCAGAGUGGAAGUCUCCAACAGCAUCGAAGAACCCACACAGGGGAGAAACCUUUUGAAUGCUCAGAGUGUGGGAAGACAUUCAGUCACAGUGGAAGUCUUCAACUGCAUCAGAGAGCCCACGCAGGGGAUAAACCUUUUGAAUGCUUAGAGUGUGGAAAGAGAUUCAGUCGGAAUGGCAGUCUUCAGCUACAUCAGAGAACCCAUACAGGGGAGAAACCUUUUGAAUGCUCAGAGUGUGGAAAGAGAUUCAGUCAGAGUGGCAAUCUUCAUCAGCAUCAGAGGACCCACAGAGGGGAAAACACUUUUGAGUUCUCAGUGUCCCGGUCCUGCACUGCCAGACCCAGACUUGGGAGCCACCCCAAGAGAUACUGUCAUGGCAUGGAUAUGCAAUCCCAGUGAAAGAGGACCCCCCCACACGGCACUGAGGUCAUUGACAAGCCUUUGGCCAUCAGCCUCCCGUACCACCGUGGCAGCUGUUGUUCUGGAGGGCCCAAUGGGGCCAGGUGGAGCAGGCAGUGGCAGAAGCCCCAGAAGAACCAAGGAUGGACCACAGCAGAAAGAGGCCGCGCCAGGGGGCAGCAGGUGGGGGAAGGGCAGCAGGUGGGGGAAGAGCAGCAGGAAGUGUCAAGAGCCCCAGAAGGCUGCAGAGACUGGCAUGGGAAGCCAGGAUGUAGACGGGAACCCAGGAGAUCCCAGGCCUGGCAAUAGGGCAUGCGCCCUCUCCUCGGAGAAGCACUUCACAGGCUUUUUUCCAACUGGGUCCCACAGGGUCUGUUGGAGAAAGCGGAAGCACAGAGGUGAACAGCUUCACCCUGCUGGGUCCCAGGGGUAGAUGGGUCCAGGCGGGCAGGCCCCAUGCUGAGAGCUGGUAGAGUGAUUUUGUUAUUGGGGUAACCUGCAAUG